CAAUCUCAUUUUGGCUGAUUUUGACACUGCACUAAAACAGUUAUGCAUGUUGUUACAAUAUCGAUUCUCUUUUUCGAGAUAUCGCAAUUAAAAAGUCGAGAUUGUUAGAUUGAUGUAUUUUACUGCCCAUUCAAAAUUCGGGAAACGUGUUCUCGUUUCAGGUAUUCUGUUUAUUAACAACCUCGAUUCAUAUAAUACUCGAGAAUGUUCAUAAGUUGCCAUGACAACAUAUACAAGUAUUACCACGGUGCGACAAGAGUGCGAGACUCGCUGAGACGUAUUAAUACAUAUUACGUAUUUAAUUCAUAAUACGCAAAAAAAAAAAAAAAUUAUCCGAUCAUGUUUAUUCAGAAUUUGCAGAUAAAAGAUGGCGAAUACACGAAGACAAUAUAUACAAUGAUACGGGAUCAAAGAUAUAAUGAUGCAAUACAAGUAUUGGGUAAUGUGCUAGAAACAAAUGCAAAUUCACGAGCUGGUCUCUCCCUUCUUGCAUAUUGUUACUUUUAUGUGCAAGAUUUUGUAAAUGCAGCAAAUUGUUAUGAACAGUUAACCUUACUGCAUCCUGAAGAACCAGAAUAUAGGUUGUACUAUGCCCAAUCAUUAUAUCAGGCAUGUCUUUAUGAAGAAGCUAUGAAAGUUACUUCACAAAUUGAUGAUCCAAAUUUUCUUCCAAAGGUUAAUAAGUUGAAAGCUGCUAUAAAAUUUGGUGAAGAGGACUUGGCAGGUACUAAGAGUUUGGUUGACAGUGGUCCACCUGAUGAUCCAGACACUGAGAUAAAUCUUGGUUGUUUGUUAUAUAAGGAAGGAAGAUAUGAAGAUGCCUUACAGAAGUUUACAACAGCUUUGCAAAUAACAGGAUACAAUCCCCAUCUUUCAUAUAAUAUAGCUCUGUGUUAUUAUAAACUUAAAGAAUAUGCUCCAGCUCUAAAGCAUAUAUCGGACAUUAUUGAACGUGGCAUUCGAGAUCAUCCGGAAUUAAGUGUUGGAAUGACAACUGAAGGAAUUGAAGUAAGAAGUGUUGGCAAUACUCUAACUUUACACGAAACAGCCUUGAUUGAAGCUUUCAAUUUAAGGGCAGCCAUUGAAUAUCAACUGAAAAACUUUGAAGCAGCCCGUGAGGCAUUGACAGAUAUGCCUCCUCGCUCUGAGGAAGAACUAGACGCAGUCACACUUCACAAUCAAGCCCUCAUGAAUAUGGACUGCAAGCCUACUGAGGGCUUUGAGAAGCUACAGUUCUUGCUUCAACAGAAUCCAUUCCCUCCUGAGACUUUUGGCAAUCUCCUACUUCUAUAUUGUAAAUACGAAUAUUAUGAUUUAGCAGCUGAUGUAUUAGCAGAAAAUGCUCACCUGACUUAUAAAUACUUAACCCCAUACUUGUACAGCUUUUUAGAUGCACUUAUAACCCAACAAACAUCUCCUGAAGAAGCAUACCGAAAAUUUGAUGAAGUAGCUUCCAAACACACAGAAACUUUGCGUAAACUAACCAAACAAGUUCAAGAAGCAAGGCAAAACCAUGAUGAUGAAUCAGUUAAGCGAGCUGUUGCUGAAUAUGAAGAGGCACUUGACAGAUACAUCCCUGUUCUAAUGGCACAAGCCAAAAUUUAUUGGGAUUUAGAAAAUUAUGCUCAAGUUGAAAAAAUAUUCAGAAAAUCAGUGGAAUUUUGUAAUGAAAAUGACACUUGGAAACUCAAUGUGGCUCAUGUUUUGUUUAUGCAAGAAAAUAAAUUCAAAGAAGCUACAGGAUUUUAUGAGCCUAUUGUUAAAAAAAAUUAUGAUAAUAUAUUAAAUGUCAGUGCAAUAGUGCUAGCAAAUCUGUGUGUGUCUUACAUAAUGACAUCCCAAAAUGAAGAAGCUGAAGAAAUGAUGCGGAAAAUUGAAAAAGAAGAAGAGCAGUUAGCCUUUGAUGAGCCAGAUAAGAAAGUUUUUCAUCUCUGUAUAGUAAACCUUGUUAUAGGUACAUUAUAUUGUGCUAAAGGUAAUUACGAAUUUGGAAUUUCGAGAGUCAUUAAAAGUUUAGAACCAUACAACAAGAAAUUAGGCACAGAUACUUGGUUUUAUGCUAAACGAUGUUUUCUUUCUCUUAUUGAAAAUCUCGCAAAACAUGUAAUUGUGGUAAGGGACUCAGUCUUUGCAGAAUGCAUUCAGUUUUUAGAAAACUGUGAAGUUCAUGGGCGAGAUGUGAAGACAGUUAUUGAACAACCCCUUGAAGAAUCACACCUUCACCAAGGAAUGAACACUGUGACAUACGAAGCCAGACACUUGAAGGCACUUCUCUUACGAUUGCAGAUGUACUGAGUGUUUCUGCUCAAAGCAUGCACAAAUUAGUAUAGACGUGAUAAGCAUUUGUAAAUAAGUAUGUUAAUUUAAUCAUAUUUUAGGAGAUAUUAUUAUCAUUGCACAGUAACAAGACUUGAAAGAGAAAUGGUUAAGAUUAAUCAUGAUACAGAUAUGAAUCCUACACAUUCAGUCACUUUAUUAACACUCAAAAAUACAUAUUAAAGAAUGUCCUACAUAAAUCUUCAACAAAGUUGAUUGACUAAUAAUUAAGAUUCAUUACAUAAUUAUUCUUAAAAUAUUAGUGAAAAAUUAUAGAAUAAAUUUCCAAGUUUUAUUGUAAAUAUAUAUUUUCAUAUUUAAUUGUACAUAUCUUCAAAUUCUUAAAAAAAUAUACUGUCUCUUUCAAAAAAAUACUUUUUUGAUAAAUAUCCUUAAUUGCAAUUCAACACAUCAUAUUGUAUGAUGAAAAAAAUAAUGCGAUUAUUUGAUAAGAAAAUAAACAUAUAAUUAAGGUUUUUGAAUGUAGUAUUUUCAUACUCUCUGAGCUAACACAUUUCUCCAAAGAAGUCAGAAUGCUUUGCCAUGAAAUGAAGAGUCCUAAAUUGAAAUCUUAGCACCCAUAUCUUUGUGCAAAACACUCCCCAAAACAAUAAAUGAAAAGUUUAUAAAUAACUUACGACUUAUUAUCAUUUUCUGCGUACAUGAUGGGG